CUCGUCGACUAGUUUUUUUUUGUUUUUUUUUUUUUGUUUUUUUUGGUAAAUAAAGUUUAGUGCUCUCCCUCCCUCUUCGAAACCUAAUCUCUCUCUUUUCUCUCUCCCUUUCCAAUUCUUUUCUCAAUUAUUUCCAUAAUGAAAAUCAAUGCUAUCAAGGUUUUGGCACAUUCACAGAGUUACAGCAUCUGAAGUUCUAACCGGAAACCAUUCCUCCCGAGAUGGCGACCGUGAAAGGCCUUCUUAAAGGCCUUCGCUACAUUACUCAGAUUUUCGACGAAGAAAAAGACAAGGACAUGCAGAUCGGGUUUCCUACCGAUGUAAAGCAUGUCGCCCACAUCGGAUCCGACGGUCCCGCGACCAAUGUGCCAAGCUGGAUGGGUGACUUCAAACCUCAAGAAAACGAGAAUGGUCAAGUAGUUUCUCGAGCAGAUGCCAACAACAAUCAAAUAGGAGAAGGAGUUGGAUUACAAGAGUUGUUGCCUCCUACCGACAAACCAAAGCACAAGAAGACAAGGCGUAAAUCCGAGACGGUCUCACAAAACGGUUCUCCGCCUAGGCGAAACAGCAGUGCCUCAGCAUCAGAUAUGCAACCAAAAAACACAAGACGUCACCACAGGAGUAGGCACGGGUCGAUAGAUUCAUCGAAUGAUCCAUCAGUUAGGAGGAGGCGUGUUGUCUCGGUUACCACCAACGAUAUGGAAGGUUCUUACCCUCUUUCAGAUAGUUCUACUCAUAGUAGAAAGUCUACAUCACGUCAUAGGAAGCCAAAAGGAUCAGGAGGAGGAGAGCUAUCAAUGAAGAAGACGAAAGGGAAAACUGAGAAUCCUAUUGUUGAAUCAGUCGAUACAUGUAAUGAUAAUAAUAUCAGUGACAAAGAGUAAAACACAUCAUGGUUUUGAUCACCUGUGUUGCGUGUGAAUUGUCUCUGUCUUUCUUGACUGUCAUAGAGAAAAACAUAUAUGCUUUACAAAGAAAAUGGUUAACCACCUGAGCAGUGAUAAAAGCACAGGAGAUAUCCUGGUUUAUGACCUCUCUCUUUCAAGGAGACACCGAA